AUCUACAAAGUAGCUAACAAGAAAAUGCCGCCAAAACCCGCUGGAGGAAAGAAAGGUGAAAAGAAAGCCGGCAAGAAGGCCGCGCUUGGUGACAAGAAGAAGAGGUCACGAAGAAGAAAGGAAACCUACUCCAUCUACAUCUACAAAGUCAUGAAACAAGUCCAUCCCGACACUGGUAUUUCAAGCAAAGCCAUGUCCAUCAUGAACUCGUUUGUUCAGGAUGUCUUCGAGCGCAUCGCUGGUGAAGCUUCCCGCCUCGCUCACUACAACAAGAAGUCAACCAUCACAUCUCGUGAGAUUCAGACCGCUGUUCGUCUUCUUCUUCCCGGUGAAUUAGCCAAGCACGCCGUCAGUGAAGGCACCAAGGCCGUCACCAAGUACACCAGCAGCAAGUAAACAGUUUUCUGUUUGCUUACAAAACAACGGCUCUUUUAGGAGCCACCC